AUGCCGCCUUCUCAGCUAAAACAGCUGAAAGCGUCGCUUCGUGACAGCGGGGUUGUCGGUCCCCAGCAAUCUAAAAAACAAAAACGCCAAAAUGCGAAAACUGGUGUAACGGCGCAAAACCGGAACCAGCGCAAUGCCGCCUUGCAGGCAAUUCGAGAUCGGUUCAACCCUUUUGAGAUCAAAGUCGGCACCGGUCGAGGAAAGUUCGAUGUGACUACUCGGGAUGGUAACUCGGCUAGUGCAGUGCGAGAACGUCCAGGUGUUACGAAGUCACUCGGCGAAGAAAGACGUCGUGCGACCCUUUUGAAGGAGAUGAACACUCGAAACAAAGUCGGUGGUCUGGUCGAUCGACGAUUCGGUGAAAAUGACCCGAGUAUGACACCCGAAGAGCGAGCCGCCGAGCGAUUUGCGAGAGAAAGCCAGAAAAAGAUGCGUAAAGAGUCAAUGUUCAACCUUGAGGAGGAUGAAGAUGAGUUUCAGCUUACUCAUAUGGGUCAAUCUUUGUCAUUCGAUGAGGCGACCCGUGACGACUUCGAGAUGGGUGAUUUGAAGGACGACGAAGAAGACGACGAAGAGUUGUCCCGAAAACGCAAACGAUUCAUUGAAGGGGAGGGCGAGGAUGAGGAUUUUGUCGACAACCCUGAGGGAGAAGGUCUUCAUGAGCGGAAGAAGUCCAAGGCGGAGGUCAUGAAGGAGGUGAUUGCUAAAUCGAAAUUCUACAAGCAAGAACGACAACAGGCCAAGGAGGAUGAUGACGAUCUACGUGAUCAAUUAGACAAGGAACUCCCCGACCUUUUCGAAGCUUUGCGAGGCAUGAAGGCACCUGCGAAGCCGGAGCCCCCGAAGCAAGAUCUAGACACCAUGAACCCGGAACGUGCAGCUAUGCUCCAGGGCCCAGAAAAGACAGAGGCCGAGAAGGAGUAUGAUCAACGACUCAAGCAAUUGACCUUCGAUAAGCGAUCCCAGCCUACAGACCGAACAAAGACGGAAGAGGAGAAGGUCGAGGAGGAAGCUGAGAGAUUGAAGAAAUUGGAAGAAAAUCGUCUUAAGCGAAUGCGCGGUGAACACGUUAGCGACGACGAGGCGGAAGAAUCUGAUAAGGAUUCUUUCUUCCAAGAUGAUGAAGAGUCCGACGUGGACGACGCCGCGGCUUUCGGACUUCCCACCAUAUCGUAUGAGCCAAGGCCAGAGAUGGGUGUAGAAGACGAAGAUGACUUCCUCAUUGAGGAUGACCUGGUCGAGACAAGGUCCAAUGCGAGCUUGUCUAUGGGUGAGAGUGAUAUGGAAGAGGAGGAGCUUUCAGAUGACGAGGCUGAAGAGUCAGAACAAGAAGACGAGCUCAUCAACGGAAUGUCAUUACCAGCCGCCAGUGCCACAUCAACAGCGGUCGCAGCCAGCCAAUCUGCCGAUGGAAAAUUGGCGUUCACCUAUCCUUGUCCUGACAGCCACGAGGAAUUCCUUGAUUUGAUUGAGAAUGUGCCUACCCAGGACGUUUCGACAGUCAUUCAGCGUAUUCGUGCUCUGCACCAUCCCCGUCUUCAUCCCGACAACAAGGCCAAAUUGGGUCGAUUUUCCGAAAUCCUGAUUGAGCAUGUCUCGUAUAUGGCGAGCGAAACCGAGAACCCGUCCUUCGCUUUGGUGGAAAACAUUCUGCGACAUGUUCACUCUCUGGCCAAGACUCAUCCCCUUAACGUGGCCACCGCUUUCCGUGCUCAGUUGCGUGAGAUCUCGAAAGAGCGUCCCUUGAACCUGCACGCCGGUGAUCUGGCUAUCCUGACAGGCAUUUCUACCGUUUUCCCCACAUCGGAUCAUUUCCACGCUGUUGCCACGCCUGCUCAUCUGUGCCUGGCUCGGUUCCUGGGUCAAUGCUCAGCUACUACUCUGUCUGACUUUGCAACUGGUGCUUUUGCCACGACUCUUUGUCUACAGUAUCAAAAUGUCGCGAAGAGAUACAUGCCUGAGCUGGUCAACUAUGUUCUGAAUGGUCUGAGCAACCUGGCCCCAACAGAGCCUACCAUCAAGGUUGGAUCCUUCCCGUACCGAAAGACCCAGGAGUCUGUCCGCCUGGCCGCAUCUAAGAAGGUCACUCCUCGCAAACUCCACUUCCGUGAUAUCACAGCUUCUGCCUCAGAGUCCGAGGCCGAUGAGGAUCUGAAGAUCUCACUCGUACUCACAUUUGUCUCUCUAAUUGAUACCGCCUCGGACCUAUGGGCUGAGAAGGCCGCUUUUACCGAGAUCUUUACGCCUGCUCAGGACAUCUUGAAGGAUCUGAAGCAAGCAUUCAAGAGCAAAGCUUACAUCGCGGCCCGGGAUCCCGUUCAAUCAACACUGGACAAGCUCGCUUCCCAUAUGGAACAAUCUCGCCUUACCCGCCGCCCACUUCUCCUUCACAACCACCGUCCUCUGGCCAUCAAAUCUGCCAUCCCCAAGUUCGAGGAGAACUUCAACCCAGACAAGCACUACGACCCCGACCGCGAGCGUGCAGAGUCCAACCGUCUCAAGGCGGAGAUCAAGCGCGAGCGCAAGGGUGCUAUGCGGGAGCUUCGCAAGGAUGCCAGCUUCGUGGCUCGCGAGAAAUUACGCGAGAAGAAGGAGCGCGAUGCCGAGUACGAGAAGAAGUACAAGCGUCUUGUUGCAGAAAUUCAAAACGAGGAGGGUCGUGCUGCGAACGAGUACGAAAGGGAGAAGCGAGGCCGCCAGGGCAAGCGCUGA